UCUCCCUGCCAUCAACUUGUGUUCCUCGUGGCUGUAAGCGAGGCUGUAUAUAUAACUUGCCCUCUCGACAUGAACUCCCAGGAUAGCAGAAUUGUAGCUGGUCUAGUUCUCCCCUCAUCUUCAUCUUGCAAUUAUCAAAAUCACUUCACCACCACCAUCCAAUCAUCAGAUUUCAUGACCGACACAACUUCCAAAAAUGCCUGUGAAACUCAGUUUGACCAAAUAGACCAGGAAAUACUCAGAUAUGAGGAAGCUGUUCGAGAUCUCAAGUCUCGUCGCAAUUUGCUUGCCCCUAUCUCCAAGUUGCCUGCAGAAAUACUUUGCGCAAUCUUCGUUUUCUGCACCCUUCCAGACCCUCUCACGCCUACCAACUAUGCUGCAGAUUAUCGCUGGCGUUGGAUUACCGUUACACAUACUUCUCGUCUCUGGCGUAAUACCGCUUUGAGCUGCCCUACAUUGUGGAGCAAACCAGAGUUCACCAAGACAGAAUGGGCAUAUGAGAUGAUCAGGCGGUCCAAAAUGGCUCCACUCACCAUCGAGGUCACUUCAAACUACUGGCUCACUCCCCGAGUCGUCGACGCCGUCAGCGAAGGUCUGAAACAUCUCCCCAGAAUCAAUGAACUUCACUUAUCCGCCUCUCGGGAUAAUAUGGAUAAACUCCUGAGUGGCAUCAACUCCCCUGCACCUUUCCUGCGUACCUUGUACCUUGAUAUAGGUCGCAGCGACUACUAUUAUCAUUCCCGCGCUGAGCCGUAUAUCCUUCCAGAGGAUUUUCUUGGAGGCGAUGCCUCUCGGUUGUCUCACAUCGAGCUAACACGGUGCCAUCUCCGUUGGGAUUCGUCUUUGCUUCGAAACAUCAGCUUUUUGAAGGUGCACAAUCCCGGUCCUCCCGCACCUACACUAGACCAAUUCAUCGGCGCAUUGUCUGGAAUGCCGCAGCUGGAGAUUCUCGAUUUGGAGAAUACUCUACCGGGUACCUCGGACACAGAGCAUACCGAGAAACCCGGAGUAAGUUUACCUCGCUUGCGCAAGUUGCGUACCGUCGGCUCUCUACAGGAAUGUGCGAUUUUCCUAGAGCACGUCGUCGUUCCAUCCAACGCCACUAUUCACAUCAUGGCCAAGUGCAGCGACAUUCCGGACGAAGGUUCGCCGACUAUACAACUCAUUCACGAUGUGUGUCAGCGCCUACCCGUUGCACGCGAGACUGCCACCACGAGCUCGGCUACGAAUUCUCCCUUGAUCAAGAGCCUCUUGGUGCAGAGUAUGGGUAUAGGUAGUGGUCUCAUCGUUGAAGCCUGGAACAGCGUCGCAAAAAGCAGGCCUACAACUAAUGCGCUCACUCCGUCUCGGGAGAUUAGUCUUAAUCCGUUGGCCACUGCUCCUUCCAUUGGCUGGCUCAAACUCGAAUUCACUUGGCAGAGCGCUGUGAUCAGACAGAUACACAAUGAUGUCGUCGUGGCCAUCUGUCGUCCUCUUCCCCUCGCACAGCUGAGGCAUCUGCACAUUAGGAACGGUUAUCAAGAUAGUGUCAAUUCUCCGACGUUCGCGAGGACGUUUGGAACAUUACCCAAGGUGAAUUCCUUGACAGUCGAAGGAACAAGUACAUACGAAUUUGUCGACGCCCUGAAUUAUCACACUGGCAGUCAAAGUGCCACUGGCUACAAUGGACUGGCUUCCAGUUCGAGCUCGAAUCCCAAUCCUGGUCGUCCGACAUUGGCAUUCCCUGCCCUCCGCACUCUCAAACUCCUAGAAGCCGAUUUUGACCGUGAUCAUGAAGCCGAAAAUACUCUUCUUGAACCCUUGAUGGACUGCCUCAUGCACCGAUACGAGCAUAAAUCCGAAAUCCACAAACUAAUUCUUGAGAGAUGUUCGCAUCUCAAUUCCGAAGACGUUGCAGAGCUUCAAGGAAUCGUCGCAGACGUUGAUUGGGAUCAUAUUGAGUGUGGUUAUAGUGAUACUGAGGAUGAGGAUAUGGAUGAUGAGUUCGACGACGAGAUGGAUGAUGUCUUUGGGGGAGAGGCAUACUUUGGAUAUGGAGCGUCGUAUAUCAGUUCGGACGAAGAUAUGAUGUUCAUGGGUUUUUGAUCCUUGUUUUAUGUUACUAAUCCCUCUACCUUUCCUAUUCUCUAUUUUCCUUCUUCCAAUUUUAGGAGGAUGAGUGUAUAACAUAAUACCCGUCUUAGUUAUGAGCAGUACAUAAUGGGCCUCAUUAAUGAAUGACAACUUUACACAAAUUC